GGGGGGGGGGGGAACCGAUGCCCCAAUCCGGCUGAGGGUCCAGGUGUUGAUAUGUCUGUCUGGGCUCGAUGGUGUACUUGUUAGUUAUGGGUUGGUGAUAUUGUAUGAACCAUUUAUUCGAUGGAGGAGAUGUCGUAUCUUACGUUAGGCCUUGAUUUGUCAGUCAGAUUAGUGAAGAAUGAGGCAGGAGGUGGAUCUAACUGGGAUUGUUCGCGUGAUCGUGAAUGUUAUAAACAUGAGGAUUCGUCGCCUGUCCGAGUCAAUCUGGCUGUCGAAAACCAACAACCGAUCUCAUACAUGCUUGCUUCCCCAUUCAUCGCCACAUCAUCCAAAAUGUCGACCGACAGACUCUCUCUAGCUAACAAGGCGGCCAUCGUUACCGGUUCUGGCCGGGAAAACGGUAUCGACGCGGCCAUUGCCCUAGCGCUGGCCAGACCUUGCGCUGGCGUCCGCCGAUGUAGAGUUACCUACUGCGGGCCCGGUCCCAUGCGGCAAGCCCACGCAUUUCUGCGAAUCACGGAGCCCAACCGCCGCAGCCAUUGGCCUCUUCCCCCCCCGUCGUCUUGGGCCGCCGUGGUCGGGCAGGUGUGCUUGUGCAGGGAGUUCCGUCUUUGUUGAGCACGCCCCGGUCGCCCGUCGGCUGCGCGGUAUGACGCGCCGAUCCGUCUGGAGCCACUGCAUAGGAACGACUUGUCGUGUUGUCUUCUCUGUCAACGUCUCGCCUAUGUUGCGCGUCAACCUGAGUGUGCACUCGGCUCGCAAGUCAUGUCGCGUUGCGUAUCAUCACAUCAACAUCGG